UUGACAACUUGACACCAAUGCAUCAUAUUCAGUUACUAAGUCAGAUUGCUCAUUCGAUGUACCACUUUAUCACCAAGAUGAAGGAAACCGCAAUGCUCAUCAGUUUGUUUCUCUUGCUGGCUACAUCUUGGCAAUCUGCAGAUGCAAAGAUAUGUCAGAAGGGUUUUGUCAGCUACAACAAAAGCUGUUACUGGUUUUCACCGAAACUAAUGCUUGCAUCGUGGGCUGAAGCGCAGGUAUUCUGUAACACUAUGAAUUCCUACCUUGUCAUCAUUACGUCACGCCACGAGGACAGAUUCAUCCGGAGACGUCUGCAACAAAGACCCCUGGAUUCUGUUUUCUGGAUUGGUGCACACGAUCUCCUGACUGAAGGAGGCAACUUUCAGUGGAUGUCAAACGGAUCACCUAAACGUUUAACCUACUCCAACUGGUUUCCAGGCAAACCUGAUAACUACCAAGGAGUAGAGCACUGCGUAGAAAUGAGAAAGGUCGCUGACUUCAGUUGGAAUGACUGGUUGUGUAUCUCUCACUUUGGAUUCAUAUGUGAACAGUUUUAGAAGACGACAAAUAAAUCAGUAUCACACGA